UGCUGCCGCUGCCGCCGCCGCCGGGCUGGGACGUCCCCGGCGAGCGCAGUGGGCGCUGCAGCCGUGCCGUGCCGCGCGCUCACUGCCGCGCGGGGGCUCGUGGCCCCCCCUGACUCCCGCCCCGGGCGAUGGUGCGGCCUGAGGCCGCCUCCAUCCGCCGCCGCCGCUGAGCCGGACCCUCCGCUCCAUGGCCGCCUCGGCGCCGCCCCCACCGGACAAGCUGGAGGGAGGUGGCGGCCCCGCACCGCCCCCUGCGCCGCCCAGCACCGGGAGGAAGCAGGGCAAGGCCGGUCUGCAAAUGAAGAGCCCAGAAAAGAAGCGAAGGAAGUCCAAUACUCAGGGCCCUGCAUACUCACAUCUGACAGAGUUUGCACCUCCCCCGACUCCCAUGGUGGAUCACCUGGUGGCAUCCAACCCCUUUGAGGAUGACUUCGGAGCCCCUAAGGUGGGGGGUGCGGCCCCUCCGUUCCUUGGCAGCCCUGUGCCCUUUGGAGGCUUCCGUGUACAAGGGGGCAUGGCAGGCCAGGUGCCCCCAGGCUAUGGCGCUGGGGGUGGAGGGGGCCCCCAGCCACUUCGUCGACAGCCUCCCCCAUUCCCUCCUAACCCAAUGGGCCCGGCUUUCAACCUGCCCCCCCAGGGCCCUGGCUACCCACCCCCGGGCAACAUGAACUUCCCCAGCCAGCCCUUCAACCAGUCUCUGGGGCAGAACUUCAGCCCCCCUGGUGGGCAGAUGAUCCCAGGUCCAGUGGGAGGGUUUGGCCCCAUGAUCUCACCCACCAUGGGACAGCCUCCCAGAGGGGACCUGGGUCCCCCUUCUCUCCCCCAGCGCUUUGCCCAGCCAGGGACUCCUUUUGGCCCCUCUCUCCAGAGACCUGGGCAGGGGCUCCCCAGCCUGCCCCCCAACACAAGUCCCUUCCCUGGCCCUGACCCUGGCUUUCCUGGCCCUGGUGGUGAGGAUGGGGGGAAGCCCUUGAACCCCCCUGCUCCCACUGCUUUCCCCCAGGAGCCCCACUCAGGCUCCCCGGCUGCUGCUGUUAACGGGAAUCAGCCCAGUUUUCCCUCAAACAGUAGUGGGCGGGGUGGGGGCACACCAGAUGCCAAUAGCUUGGCACCCACUGGCAAGGCUGGUGGGAGCUCAGGGCCCCAGCCCCCCCCAGGCCUAGUGUACCCCUGUGGUGCCUGUCGGAGUGAGGUGAACGAUGACCAGGAUGCCAUACUGUGUGAGGCCUCCUGCCAGAAGUGGUUCCACCGAGAGUGCACGGGCAUGACCGAGAACGCCUAUGGGCUGCUGACCACGGAGGCCUCUGCCGUGUGGGCCUGCGACCUGUGCCUCAAGACCAAGGAGAUACAGUCUGUCUACAUCCGCGAGGGCAUGGGCCAGCUGGUGGCUGCUAAUGAUGGGUGACACUGGCGAGAAACCCCAGGGCAGUGUGUGUGUCCCUCCUGCUCUCCCAGGGUGUUUUCUGGCUCUUCGUUCUUGUUUCCACUGGCUUCCCAUCCUCACGGAGCAGAAACCUGAUGGUUCUAGGGCAGAAGAGGAACCGAGGUGGGUGGGCAGAAGAGCCCAGAUCGCUUACUUCUGGAAACUUCUGCACUGAGAUCUAUAGAUUCAGGAAACUAAAGCCCUGCUGAGCAGAGCCGUGUUAUGGUGGCUAUCUCUGGAGGCCUAGGGAUGUGGCUGCAGGAGGAACGAAGAUGGAGGACGUUCCGGAGGGCACAGGUGUCCUAUCUGCAGAUGACAGAUCCCUGACACCAGUGCCUGACAUCCCCAUCUACCCCACAGCUCCAGCCUCAGGUUUUGGAGCCAGGGGUUCAGAGUUUCUUGGGUAGGGGAGUUUGAUCUCUUCCCAUUCCUACCAGGGCCCUUUUGUGGGCUUGGAGACAGCUUUGGGGAAUAAUUGGGAUUUCUUCCCUUUUCUGCCCUCCCCUUUACCUCUCCCACUCCUAUCCAAUUCCUCCUCCUCAGAGCACCAAAUAGCGAGAAGAAGCAGGAGUUCCUGGCUGCGGUGGUUUUCUUGGUGACUUGGGGAGAGAUGCUGUCAAUACAUAUCUUCCUCAUACCAAAGUCACCGGUCCUUUUUCAGCUUCCUGUUUUUUUUCUCCUAGUGACCUUUUUUUUUUUUGGCCAAAAAUUGGGAUGUGUGGUGUGGCACCGCAGAAUAUUUGAAGUUGUCCCGGAGGCCUGGACUCUGGCGGUACAGCCCUCCCCUCGCCCAUCUGUUGCACAUUAUACUCCGCUCUGCUCUUCAGCUCCUGGCACCCUUGUUCCCGCCUCCCUGGCUUCGCUGAAGGGAAGCUUAGAAGGCCACAGAGCCCUCAUACCACAUUUCCUCCAGAUAAAGAGUCCAAGUGAAACCCUGUUGCAGCCUGGAGUAAGGAGGAGGUAGCAGGACCCUCAAUGCCAUGGUACCGAAAGGUAGAAAAGCCUCAAGCUUUUUUGCUUCUUUCCUUGCUGUCCUUUAGCAUCAUCUCCAGCUUGGUGAUCUAGCAUUUCUCAUUCCUCUCAGCCGAAGUCCUGCUGCGCUGGGCUUGAUUCGUUUUUAUUUUUAAAGCACUGCCUGCCAGUGAUGGGCCUCGGGCCUGCUCAGAGCCUCUCCUCACAGCUCCUGUGCACAUUCCUCAUAGGGGUGGGGAAGCAGGCCUGGGUGUGGCCCUCUGCCCUGAGUGUCCCCCGACGCCACCCUCCGGGGCUCCCGAUCCCCCACUAAUCAGUUCCCGCGCAGAGCCAGCGGCUUCAGGCUGUGAGGAGGAAGCAGUGGCCUCUGGGCUCUCCUGGCCUCCCCCACACCAGAACAGCCUAGGUGGGGCUCAGCUCUGUGUCGUGUUUGUGCUUCUAUUUGCCCCGUUUUACCAGUUGCUACAUUUGUGUUGUGGCCCCCUCCACAGUCUGUAAAAUGCUCCUGGGGAGUGUCUGUCCUAUCUGCCCCCUCUUGCCCUCUCCACUACGUUUUGGAAGAAAGUGGGUGGCAGAGAAGUGGUGGGGUCUUUUGUACGGUUGGAUUAAUAAAAUGACUUGAAAAUCCA